GCUUCUACAAGCAUCCUGAACGCCAUAGCAGUCUACUGCAUCUUUUACACGAAGAGGUUGGUGACAUUGUCUACAUAAGAAAUACAAGCGCCAGCGAAGGAAUGAAGCAAUGCUUUGAGCUGACUAUCGAUGAAAUUAGAAAGAAUAAUAAAUACCUUAUAAUUCUGUAUCCUGUACAGGAAUUGCCAUAUCCCGAAAGUGAAUCGAAAAUAUUAUGCCCCAAUUGGAAACGUUUCUCCACUGCUUUUAUGAACACCUCAGAAGUGUUGGACUACAUGCGUUUGUUGUUUAGCAAAAAGGAUACAUCACCGGUACAAAAUGAAGGUUGGGUAUUUCAGGCGACACGCAGCAUGGAACAGUCAUUGAAUAACAAAAAACUGGAGACUGCCAAAGAGCGUGCUGGCAUUUUGAAUCCGAAAGUCACUAGCUGGCUAAAAGGUCCUUGGAGUUUAACUGCAAAUGUUGUAGCGCUCGAUUAUUUUAGCAAUACGAAUAUCAUCGAUGUCGCCAUUUAUGCUAACAUGCAUAAAGCUUUCAAUAUGGCUAAUAAGAACUUUGUGAAUUUUGAAAUUUUAAGUAAUUAGCGUAAGCAAUAAUUUUUUAGUUUAGUAAUUGUGUAAAUUA